UACCCCAAACCCAACCGCCGACUCUGCGCUCUCAAAGUCUAUCGAAAAAAUCAUGCUGAAAGCUGGACACUACACGGAUCUGCUCCGCCAAGUGAACGAACUCAAACGCCAACUGCAUCUGGUCGAGGCGGAGCGCAAGGCGUGCGAGGACGAAGGCAACGAAACGAUCAAAAGGAACCAACAGCAGCUCAAUCGACUGAAACAAGAUGUGGGCGACAUCAAAUCGGAGCUGAGCGACACGGUGAGGAACACCCGGCAGAACCAUCCGUCGCAAUCCAGCCAAAUGGGCAUCCUCCAGGUCCUCAAAGCCAACAACAUUGACUACAGCAAAUACAAACUGACUAAAUCGGCCGACGAAAUCCUCACGGAUCUCGACUGGCGCACUGCGGACCUUGUCAAACAGGCCGACUUAACCAAACAUCAAACGCAAAUGAUUUACCAGCGGAUCAACGAGAUCGACGAGCAGCUGGCCAUGGAGUCGGAUCCGAGCCGGGCCGAGAGUCCAGUGCCCGGCUUAUCUUCCGCCGCAUCGUCGCUCUUUUUAUCGGCGGCCGGCAAAUCUGCAACGCCAGCAGCAGCCGGCGCCAGCACCUCAUCAUUCGCCAUGACCAAAAUGAUGGAUGAGGAAGCGACGCUGACGGAGAUUCAAAGCAUCCGCCAGAAGAUGGUCGAAGCGUACCACAUACAGCGCCAGUACAAGACCAUCCUGGACGUCAUUUCGGGCGAAAGGAUCGGCUAUGAGAGUCAACUCACCGACCUGGAGAAAAGCACCGCCGAUUCCAAACUGGAGGCCUACAUUUUUUUAGUUAUUUAG